UAAGAAUAUAACUGAUGAAUACGUAGGCAAGAACAAAGCUGACGACUUUCCAAUGGCAGCCGGAAACGUAAGCAAACUAGAAAGACUGUGAGAAAGUAAAGCAUACAACGUUAUAAACCAUCGCUGUGUGUAGAAACACCUGAACUUCACUUCAAAAUCAGUAAAGCAUACAAACUACAUGUCUGGCCAUGUCAAAUUGUGGUUUUUGUUCAAACAUCUGUGCUCUGCUAUAUUCUUUUCCGUCAUCAGUUACAGUAAAUUCCCAUGCAAGUCAACCGGUUCGCGAAUCGGGCCCGAAAGUGCUUUUAUAGACAGCCGUAGACAUACAGCCCGAUUUUUUUCAUUUGAUUUCCAAGCAAAGGUUAGAGGAUUCGUCGAUAUCACGGGGAAUAGAUUAUCAUCUCCACGCGCUAGUGUGCGCACCACCUUCUUUGUUAUCCAUCGAUUCAUUUGUAGUACAGAAGAACGAUUCCCGUACAGCAGGGCCCCGAGACUUUUUUUCUUUCUGCACAAAAACCUUUACUUUCAUAGCAGCAGCGCCCUUAUAGACAGACUGUACUCUGCUUGA